GCUCGCUGGGCCCCGCCCACAUCGUUGAUUGACAGACGAUCAGAUUUCCAGGAUUAAUUAGAAUCGCGCGAGAAAAUUCUCCGCUGUUAGUAAUCGGUGGGCCGGUAGUCCCGGAAUGGAGCUGUAUGACGAGCUUCCCGAACCGCCGCGGGCUCCGGCCGCAGCAGGAUCUCCACCGGCCCCCGGACCUCCAAACGGUAACUCAAGUGGGAAACGAAGAGCGGAAGAGAGUGACCCGGACAGCUGUGAGGGCGCGCACCAGGAAAAGAAAGUUUGUAAAGGAAUCGUGUCAUUAAAAGCUCAUGUGGCAGAAAGGAGAGGAGAAAGGGAAGAGUUACAGGAUGCCCAUGCCGUGUGCGAUCUAAGCAAAGAGUGCCAGACGAUGCUCUCCAACGUAUCACGUCUUUCAUACUAUGCAGUAUUUGAUGGGCAUGGCGGGAGUCGCGCAGCACGAUAUGCAGCACACAAUCUACACCGGAAUCUAGUGAAAAAGUUGCCAAAAGGAGAUGGAGGCAGUGUGGACAAGGCCAUAAAGAAGACUCUGCUCGAUGCUUUCAAACAGACUGAUGAAGAGUUCCUGAAGCAGGCGGCCAGCCAGAAGCCAGCAUGGAAAGACGGCACAACAGCCAUUUGUGUACUGGUUGCAGAUAACGUUCUCUAUAUUGCCAAUCUCGGGGACAGCAGAGCUUUGCUCUGCAGAAUAAAUGAAGAAACGCAGAAAGCCACCGUUUUGAGUUUGAGUAAAGAACACAAUCCCACCCAGUAUGAGGAGAGGAUGCGAAUCCAGAGAGCAGGAGGAAAUGUGAGAGAUGGGCGAGUCCUUGGGGUGUUGGAGGUGUCCCGUUCCCUAGGUGAUGGUCAGUACAAACGUUGCGGUGUCAUUAGCACCCCAGAGGUGAAAAGGUGCCCACUAUCUGACAGUGACCGGUUUGUUUUACUAGCCUGCGAUGGCCUUUUCAAAGUCUUCUCGGCAGAAGAAGCUGUCAAUUUUGUCCUUGGCCAUGUACAGGAUGAAGGCUCUCAAACAGAAGACAUGGACGCUCGGUAUGAAUCUGCCUGUCACCGCCUUGCAAACGAAGCUGUACGGCGAGGUGCUGCCGACAACGUCACCGUGCUUGUAGUCCAGAUCCUGCACUGAUGUUGUGGUCGGGGAGGGUGGGGCAGUGCCAAAACGUUGAUUAAGGACUUUUCCCUUCUCAAGACGUGUCUGUUGCAGUAAAUAACAGAAUUUCCGUGAAAUAACAAUCCAGGAGCAUCUUUUCUUAGAGCCCUGCAUUGUGCCAUUCUUCUAUUAUACCCCCUGAAAAUGUAUUUAAAAAAAUUCAACUGGGUGUUACCAUUUUGCUUGUCAGUGGGGUGUAUCCCUGCCCAGUCUGGCACUGAUUGGGCAAUAUCAGACACCACCCCAACUGGUAAUAUCUGGUUGUCAGUUUAUUCAUACCUUUCUUGGAGGAAUAACAGAGGAAUGGCACAACGCAGAGUUGUAGCAAAAGAUGCGUCAACAUUGUUAUAUUAUAGGGAAUACAGUAGUUUACUAAAGCCGACGUGAAAGGAGUGGUGACAGGUCUGCUUUAAGGCCAGGUCCACAUGUGAUGGGAGCCACAUCACUACCACGUCUAGAAACCAUGGCGAAAAGUGCACGUCUAUACACGACAGGAUUGCAUUUUUUAGCCCAACUCCUAUUGACUUCAGUAGAGAAAAUAUACAGUUCUUUACCACUUUGGACCUAUGGGAAUUCUAAAAAGCAUUUAUUUUCUCCUCCUCGGGCAAAUAUGGAGUGGAAAACCAACUGAACGUGUGGACGCUGAUGCUGUAACAGCCACGUGACCCAUCAUGGAUUGUACAUAACCCUGUAAAGUUCUUGUCAAAUACUUUUUUUCCACAUCAUGCCAUUACGAACGCUUUCACUGAAAUAUUACUUAUCUCUGGAUUUAUGUUAAGGCAGUGACGUGCUAUUUUAGUUUGGGAGUCUGUGACGUAUGCAUAAAACAGACGGAGGGACUUGUUAAAGAGGUUGUCUCACUUCAGCAAAUGGCAUUGAUCAUCAUCAAGGCACUUACUAAUGUAUUGUGAUUGUCCAUAUUGCUUUUAUCCUUUGCUUUGUUUUUCCAUCACAUUAUACACUGCUCGUAUCUACGGCUGCAAUGAUUAUUUGAAGUUAUCAAUAAUAUUCGAUAACCGGAUUCGUUGUCGACAAAUCCUGUUAUCGAAUAAUCGGCCGAUUCGUUGCUGUGCGGGCGGUUAGGCACUAUGCCUGCAGGUCCUUAACCGGCAGUAACUUUUACUUGAACUUUAAAUCAGCGCAUCUUUAUUACCUUACAAUGGAGCUUCGGUAAC